UACACCUUGUUCAAAGAAAGUGAAACAUCUGUUCAACAUGGAUGCCAGUGAUCAUUCUAUUUAACAACAUAACAUUUAAACCGUUCUUAUGCAGACAGAAAACGUUAGGUUAUAGAAAAUUACCAUCAUUAAUGAAAUGCCGCGGCCAUAGCAUUUGAACGUUAAAUGCAGUUUCAUGUCCCGCCGAAUUACUUGACGCCUCCAUGGUCAAUAUAACUAAGAGGCUUGAGGAGGGGAAGAAUAAUGGCAGAAUCAUCACAGAAAGGAAGACAAAUCAGGAGAAAGAGUUUGGACUUUCCUCCAGAUAUGUCUUCCUCUGGGGGUCCACUUAGUGAGGAGCUCCAGUGUUCUGUUUGUCUGGAGGUGUUCACUGAUCCGGUCACCACUCCAUGUGGACACAACUUCUGCAAAACCUGCCUGAAUAAAUGCUGGAAUGACAGCGAGACCUGCAGCUGUCCAUACUGUAAAGAAACACUCAACCAAAGACCUGAUCUGAAGAUCAACACCACACUGAGAGAGAUCUCAGAUCGCUAUAAACAGAAGAGUCCUGAUGGAGGAGCUGUAGUGGCGUGUGAUCUGUGUGAGGACAGAACAGCAGUGAAGUCAUGUCUGGUGUGUCAGAGCUCUUACUGUGAAACUCACCUGCAGCCUCAUUUAAAAGAAGCAGCUUUGAAGAAGCACAUGCUGAUGGAUCCUGUGAGUAAUCUGGAGGACUAUAUCUGUCAGACACACCAGAGACCGCUGGAGCUCUUCUGCAGAGAUGAUCAGACGUGUGUGUGUCUAGAGUGUGUUGUGACAGACCAUAAAACACACAACACUGUUCCUCUAGAAAUGGAGAGCAAAGAAAAGAAAGCUCAGCUGAUGAAGACACAGAGAGACAUGCAGAAGAUGAUCCAAGAUAUAAACAAAGAGAUUGAGGACAUCAAACACUCAGCAGAAGCCAGAAGAAGAGCUUCCACUGAAGUGCUGGAGUUGAUGGAGGAACAGGAUUCAGAGCGGAUGUCAGCGCUGGAGCAGGAGAUCUCUGAGCUGGAGAGCAGAAACACUGAGCUGGAGCAGCUCUCACACACUGAAGAUCAUCUACACCUCAUACAGAUUCACUCUUCACUCAGCAGCUUCAGAAACACCAGGAGCAGGUCUGAGAUCAGCUGGAAGACUCACGAGACUCUAAAGAGAGCUCUGAUUAAACUGAAGGAGUCCAUAGAUGAGAAACUCGAGCAAACUGCCUCUGAAGAGCUGAAGUGGAUGCAGCAGUAUGCAGUGGAUGUGACUCUGGAUCCUGAUAAAGGUCAUAGUGACCUCAAACUUUCUGAUGAUGGAAAACAAGUACGAUUUAGAGACAUUUUGCCGAAUUAUUCAUCCAAACCACAGAGAUUUGACAGAAAUUUAUUUGUUUUGGGAAGGGAGGGAUUCUCCUCGGGGAGAUUUUAUUUUGAGGUGCUGGUGAAGGAAAAGACGGACUGGACUUUAGGAGUGGCCAGAGAAUCCACUGACAGGAAUAAAGAGAUUACAGUGAGUCCCCGAACUGGAUGCUGGACUGUGGCUCUGAUUAAUGGAAAUGAUUAUCGUGCCUGCAAUGAUCCUCCAGUCUCUCUGUCUCUGAGAGUGACUCCGCAGCGGGUCGGUGUGUUUGUGGAUCAUGAGGAAGGUUUGGUGUGCUUUUAUGAAGUGGAGACCAGCUGUCAUAUUUAUUCUUUUACUGGUGAGUCUUUUCAUGACACCCUCUAUCCGUUUUUUAGUCCAGGCCCUAAUCCAUGUGGUAAAAAUUCAGCUCCGUUGAUUAUCACACCUGUUGAUUAGUCAUUGAACUCAAACCCCCAAAUUAGGCCUGAGUCGGGAAUGAAGUUUUUUUUUUACAAAUGAGAAUGUAGCGAAGCUUAACAUUUAAAGAGCCCCUAUUUUGCAUUAUAAAAGGUCAUACUUUGGUUUUGGGCGUCUGAGAGAUACAGUGCAAGCACUGAGCUAUAAUAAAUACAGGAUUACAAGCCUCGCGGGGGGAUUACAACUUAAAACACACAAAUAAACACAUAUUUUGCAAACUACACAAAAUGAGGCAACACUUUUAAUGACACUUAUAUGUUCUGAUCCGAAGGAAGAAGAAACUGGUCCAUAUGAACUGUAACAGUUACAAAGUCCAGGUCAAAGUCUAAUACAUAAUAGUCUCUGCUGCUCCUCUAAUAGCAAACGGACGACAAGUCGACUCUUUCAUUUAAGAAUCAAUCGUUUUAAUCAUGGUGCACUUUUACACACUUUGUUACACACUGCAUGGAAGCUCAUUUUCAAAAACCCUAAUAGGGUCUCUUUAGGGCUUGUGAAAGAAGCUUUCACCUUUAAAAAUGUCCAUAAUGUUUUGCCUCAUUUUGGUCAAAAUAAAUGAAUCAAAGUGAAACUACAACAUACCAGUACAUUGCGUGAUAAACUAGUUUACAAUACUUAUUUAUUUUUGGUCACACAGAAUAUGACAAACUGUGAACAUUUCACUUUUAUUUAACAAAACGGUUUUGUGUUCUGGUUUUUGAUUUGGCCGCGGAAGCAUGGCUUUUUCUUGAAUGCACUCACGCAUGUCACCUCAAAUGUUUGUUUUUUUAAUUUAUUUUAAAGAUAACUGAGCAACAAAAAUACAUAAACAUUAAGAUAUAAGUUAUGACUAAUGUAAUUCAUUUCAAAUAAAGGGAUAUUUCCAACAAAAACAUAUGAAGUGGUCAAAAAUGAUCAACCUUGGUGGUAUGGAGGUCGACCAUCACUAAUGUUACUGUGUUUAACAUCCACUGGUAUUCACAUGCAUUUUAGGAUAGCUGGCAUUAUACUUAACCUAUUGGGUAUGUGUGGAAGUAUGUGGAAGGACUUUAAAACAUUUUUUCACUGGUAAACUGUAUGCCAUUGCAAAAUGAGCACGUUUAAGAUCUGUUUCUUUAAUAAUCAGCGAUCUUCACUGCCUGAUUGAUAUCCAAUAUAAAGUGGAUCUCAGUUUGUACAAAAAGCACUGCAUUAAAUGACAUUUUCUGCAUUAAAUGACAUUGGAGCUUCUGCACUAGCCUGCCGAUCCUGGUGGGCAUGUGCAAGUAAACAUCUUUUUGUCUCGUUUUACGCUUGAACAACUAAAUGAACCUGGAAGUUUAUUUAACUGAUUGUAUUUUAACUACUUUACAACAUCCAUGCUGUAAAAACAACCUUGUGAAAUUGAAAAAAGUCACAUUAACCGUUUACCAGAAGGUUAUCAGUAUGGGAAGAAACACUAGCUGUGCGUAUACCCAAUUUACUAUGGAGCGCAAAUAAUUUAAGUCAUUAACUUUGGAUAGAAAUUGUCUAAUAUUAAUACCCUGCAUAUUUACACAAACAUCACUUGUUGCACUCAUAGAGAUUGUUCUCAUGGUCUCCUGAGUUUGUUCUUCUGAGGUGACCUGGCAAAACCGAUCUCCACAAGAAUGCAAGUCUAUUCUCUGCUUUUUUUGGAUUUAAAAAAACAGCCCAUGUUUUAAUCCUCGAUUAGUCUCACGCAAUCAUGUGAUGCGAUUUCGCAGGUCAGAGUUCACCAAGCUUGAAAUUUGCAAUGCAGCGAACUGCGAAAACUUGUCGCACGAGUUUCCAAUUUGCCGCAUUCACAUGCGUAUUUAUGGAAGUCUAUGGGGAGAAAAGUCCAAUGUGACCACAGCUUUAAACGCCUUGAUUAUUUGGAUCAGCUGUGUUAGAAUAGGGUUGAAGCAAAGCUGUGCAGAACUGCGAUCCUCCAGGAAUUGAGUUUGAGACCUUUGUUUUAAGGGGAGAUGCUCCAUGUUGAGACUGUGAUAAGCCACAUAGCCUGUCUGUCUUCAUCUUUUAUUAAAUUAAGCUUUGUAAAACAGUCAGUGUAAAUAACACAGUUGAGAUGACUACUGUAACUAUGUGGCUUUCUGGAAAGCGCUGGGAUCCAUACAGGUGGAUGCCACACAGUGUCAAAUUCAGCACUGGUUUUAGACAUAUUGAGGUAAUUUUACACUGUUCUCAUCUGAAACGAAAACUGAAUGCAUGUGUAGUAAAUACACAAAAACACUUGUAAAUAAAGCGCUGAAAUAAAGACAGUUUCUAUAAAGACA